AUGUCACAAGAUAAGAAAUUCAAGCAUCCGGCCCCGGGACAACAGCCCGGCGAUACAAAUGAACAAACUGCACAACAAACUUCGGAAGCCGACGUGUUGGCCAUGAUUGAAAGGAUCCGUAACAGGUCGGGCGAAGAUAUAGCUGCCGAGUCAGAGAGGCUUGCAGUGGAAGCAAAGCGAUUUUAUGAAGAGCAAAUGCACUUUCGGUCACAGAAGCAAAGAGAGCAGCUGAUUUACUUUGCGAAACUGGUUCUGCCUGUCGCUUUCAUUCUUGGGGCAUGGUGCUGGCUCUGGAGAACCGAGGCGGUGGACACGAGAGGAUCUAUCAUGAGUGUACUGAACUCAGCUGCGCAAGGGUUCCUGGCCCAGCAGCCAGGAAACGCUAAAAUAACGCCCAAAGUCCUGCUUAUCGCUAUGUUCUACGAAGAAUCAAGGAAUUGGCUUUCUCCUGAUAGUGCUCUUCAGUUUUCUCGUAAGGUUUGCGUUCCGGGCUUGGCUAGGGGCUAUGAGGAUAUUCAUGUCACGGAAACUGGCGAGGUCGCACUUCUGGUUGUAGGGACUGCCCUCAUCAACGCAUCCUUGUCGAUCAGUGCUCUCCUGACGUCGCCACUCUUCGACCUCACAAAGUCAUACUUUGUCCUAACCGGUAUUGCGGGCGUUAAUCCCAAGCGAGCUACUAUUGGUUCUGUUGCCUUUGCCAAAUUCGCUGUUCAGGUUGAUACGCAGCUUGAGUUUGAUGCGAGAGAAGUGCCGGAGGAAUGGGGAUCAGGGUAUGUUCCUAUGGGAGCAGACAUGCCUGACCAGUUCCCUGGUAUCGUGCAUGGCUCUGAGGUAUUCGAGCUUAAUGCAAACCUGAGAGACUAUGCUCUGUCCGUCGCCAAGACUGUUGAGCUUACAGACUCACCAAAGGCUGCUGAGCAUCGAGCUUUGUGGAAGAACUCUCCGGGUAAUGUUUUUGACGCGGCGGCUCGAGAUCCAACUGUUCUUGAGGGAGAUGUUCUGUCAUCCAACACCUUCUGGCAUGGUCAUAGAAUCUCUGAAGCUAUGGAGAAGGUUGCAAGAGUCUAUACUUCGGGACAGGGGGAGUACACGAUGACAGCCCAGGAGGAUAAUGCCCUGCUGGCUGGCCUUUUAAACGCAGCACUUCAAGGGAAGGUUGACUUUUCACGAAUCCUCUUGAUUCGAUCUGCUUCUAACUUCGACCGAGGGCAUGAGGAUAAGCCCCAUCAACUUCCUUUUGUUAUGGACAAAGGUGGUUUGGGGCCAUCUACUCGCAACCUUUAUCUUACUGCUCUCAAGGUUAUCCAGGGGAUCCUCCAGGAGUGGUCCACCAGAUUCGAGGCUGGUCUUCCUGCUCAGAAUUAUAUCGGUGAUAUCUUUGGCUCACUUGGUGGAACGCCAGGUUUUGGUGAUAAGCAAAAUGUUGAGCAGAUAAGAUCCCAUUAA